AUGAACUAUAGAAGACCAGCGCCCAGUGGGGCUCCACGACUCCUGCCUGUCCGUGGCCUUCCCUACGAUGAACGAACCAUCUACGAGCUCGGCACAAGUCCACCCUUGCUCGCUGGCGCGUUCGGCUUCCCAUCCACAGACGGGCUCAAUGAGAAAAUUGACACCAUGCUUCCGUCACUCACAGCUUGGUUGCGCGAUAUCGAAUUCAUCGACGGCGAGCACUGGUCCAUGAUGGUCGACACGGUGACACUGAUUCGGCUUGCACGGGAUCACGAUGUGGACGACGUUAUUUUUUCAAACAAUAGGCCUGAGCGAGGGGCGCUUCAAGGCGUGACAGACGGAUACCUGCCGGAAGUGCUUUCUCUUUGGCACAUUGUAGACAUGCUGGGAUAUCGAGAUGGGAAUGUUCUUGAGCUGGACCUCGUGCAGGUCCUGCACACGUGGUGCUUAAUGCGGCUAUAUGAGAUCAUGCUGCUCUGGGCCGCGAGGAAAGGGUUCUCGCGGCGGAAAUUUCCAUUUUACAUUGCAGUCAACCCGCCCCGGUACGAUGGCACAUGGGUCCAUCCAGGAGUCGUGGAAGCAAUCGAAGCGCUCGAUGAGAUUUCCAGCCCGGACACUGAUGAGGUCGAGUGGGCCAACGAGGUGGACGAGUACAUUCGGCAGCACCGGCGGAAGACGAGGUCGCCCUCGGUGUAUUCGACAAUGGACAACGCCAGCCUCGAUCGGUUUUCCAGGUCGAUGCCUCACCCAGGAGAAUUUUCCCGAGAGAGGCGCAGGGACUCGCCUUGGUCACCCGUAACCCACAGCACAUGGCCGCCAGCGGAGGCAAUCGAGGUAGAUCCCAGCAUGUACCCACCAUCACGCGAUCGGACGCCGCCCACAGGGCCAACAUCAGCCGAUACCGCCAGAUCGCGCACAGCCUUCGAGUUGGACGCUGUCCGAGAUGUCAUCACCACUCGAGCCCGACGAGCCCGCGCCCCCGAUACCCCUGCGACGACGCGCUCAAUUGUGGCAGCGCGAGAGCUGGGAGUGUCCGACCCCUGGUAG